AUCACUAGUUCUACAAAUGACAGAUUCACAUAUACGCCAACAUGAAUCUAGGCGUCUUCAUAGUUUUUAUAAGUCUCUCUCUAACCUUCGCUUUCCCCGAAAUUUCCAUUGUUGGAAAGUCGGCUCUGAAGCUAAGUAAACCAGACGAGGAUGGUAUUUCUACGGUGUUUUUUACUGUGAAGAAACCCGAUGGGGAAUCUAAGGAAUAUGCAAUAAAGACUAAAAACGAGGAGACUGACAUGUGGGAGUUUGUAGACACUACGUCAGACUUCCAUAUUGGAGACGUGGUAGAGUACAAAACUGCAGUGGUCCAGAACGGAAUGGUGGUGGAGUCAAAGUGGAACAAAGCUACCUUACUGAAGCAAUUAAAACCAGGCCAGUUUCGUAGUCUGAGACAAACAGUGGUUUUCAGAGAUGAUUUUAAUGGUCAUUUUAACAAGGGUCACUACACAACUGACGUCAGUGCCUGGGGAGGAGGAAAUGGAGAAUUUCAAGUUUACACACCAGAAUCUGCUAAUGUUCACACGGCAAAUGGUUAUUUAUAUCUUAAACCUACAUUGACAGUUGACCAUCAUGCUUUUAAUGAGGGGUUAUUAUACAAUGGUCAUAUGGAUGUUCGAGGUUUAUGGCAUACCUGUACAAAUAAUGUCAACAAUGGGUGUUACAAAUCAGCUUAUGGUCAGGAGAUUCUUCCACCCAUCAUGUCAGGAAAAGUAACAACUCAUGCUGCCAUCAGAUACGGAAGGGUCAAUGUAAGAGCACGGGUACCAAAAGGCGCUUGGCUUUGGCCAGCUGUUUGGUUGUUACCACGUGAUAAUCAUUAUGGAGGUUGGCCUCGUUCUGGAGAAAUAGAUCUUAUGGAGACAAAAGGAAAUGCUUGGACCAAUGAAUGGGGCGGAGAUCAUGGUAUUCGUUCUAUGGCUUCUACAUUACACUGGGGGCCUGAUUCUGGACAUAACUGCUUCCAAAAGACACAUGCUGAAAAGUAUUUGAACCAACCUGAUGGAUGGCACGGAUGGCAUACGUACUCUUUGGACUGGAAUCAAGAUCAUCUCAGAAUCUUAGUAGACAAUCAGGAGGUAUUCAGACUGAAUACUCCCUGGAAUGGUAUGUAUAACUACUGUCCUUUCCACAACGUUGAGGACCCCUGGAGAAACGGACCACACAAUGCUCCUUUUGAUCAGCCAUUCCACCUCAUUCUGAACGUGGCUGUAGGAGGAGGCUACUUCAGUGACGGACAAUUCGAUGUACCCAAACCUUGGCACGGCGGAUCUCCACAUCCUAUGAGAGACUUCUGGGAAAAACGAAGCAGUUGGCUGAGUACAUGGCAUGGGGAUGACGUCGCUAUGUUGAUUGAUUAUGUAGAGAUGAUUCAGUACUAACUUAUGUCAUUAGAAUAACAAAUCUAGAAGGAUACUGUAUUACUUUGUUGCCUGUGUAUUAAACCUUCCAUGAACAUAUUGA